CCUUUCAGUUUAUUUUCUGUGAAUCUGGUUCAGGCUCUGGUCUGGUGGUAGUUUUUGCAGAACCUGGUUCAGGCUCGAGUCUCCGCUGGUCAUCCUUCCCAGCUUCUCUUCAGUGCCGCUGAGUCUCUAAGCAGUGUCUCAUCAUGGCCGACGCUUUGGAGGAUUACUGCGACAGGGAUCUUAUGGGCGAGCUUAUAAGGCGGAUGAAAUGCGCUCCCAAGCCCGAGAAGAGAGUUAUUCUGAUCGGUCCUCCUGGUUGCGGUAAGGGCACUCAGUCCCCCAUAAUCAAGGAGGAGAACUGCCUGUGCCAUCUGGCCACCGGGGAUAUGCUCCGGGCUGCCGUCGCCAAACAGACGCCGCUGGGUCUCAAGGCGAAAGAGACCAUGGAAAAGGGCGAGCUCGUGUCGGACGAUCUGGUGGUGGGCAUCAUCGAGGAGGCGCUCAAGCGGCCGUCCUGCGGCAAGGGCUUCAUCCUCGACGGCUUCCCGCGCACGGUCGUCCAGGCGGAGAAGCUGGACGCGAUGCUGGAGAAGAAGGGCAGAAGGUCGAUAAGGUGCUUAACUUCGAGGUGCCUGACUCGGUGCUCGAGGAGAGGAUCUGCGGCCGGUGGAUCCACCCUGCCAGCGGCCGCUCCUACCACACCAAGUUCGCUCCGCCGAAAGUUCCUGGAAAGGACGAUAUCACCGGUGAGCCCCUGGUUCAACGUAAGGAUGACAAUGCCGACACUUUGCGCAGCCGAUUGGCGGCAUUCCAUAAGCAAACCUCUCCUGUGAUUGACUACUAUGCUGCUAAGGGCAAGGUUGCCAAUCUCCAUGCAGACAGGAAGGCAGCGGAUGUUACUGCUGAGGUUCGUGCCGCCAUUAAAUGAGGCUCUGGUUAGGUGUUACAGAAGUUCAUUGCGUUACUUGGCGCUGGGAGGGAAGAAAGGAGCAGUUUAUACUACAUUUGUCCAACUCAAUGACUGGAAUCCGUGGACAACUCUAGUUGGUCCCAGCUCUACAUGAGGCUGUUUCUGAACCCCAGCCAGAAUGCUUUCUCUCUGCGGUAGAAGUUGGCUGGUGGAGAUGAGAUGAAUCUUGGUUGCUACAUUCUAGAUGCUACUGUCAGGGGAGGACACAACUUUGCUUGUUUUGUUGGCAUGGUUGUGAGAAAUGACAUCCUCUCAAUCCAUCCAGAAAAUUCCGUAGAAAUGCUCUUGUAGCAUUUAGGUAGGAGCGCAUGGCCUGCAUGCGCGCAUUUGGGUGGAACCAUAGAUGCCUCGUUCAUCGGGUUUUGGGUGAGAGGAGGCUAAGGGUGCGUUUCUGGCUGCUAGUCAAGUUUGUAGACUAGUCAAGUGGCCAACUUCCAGAGCGGUUCAGAACCCUUCGCGCCUGAUUAGAGCGGUUUAGAGCUCUGACUGCCCCACUUGACUAGACUAGAAGCUUGACUUGCGGCCAUAAACACACCCUAAGCCUCCGAGGAUUCAUCCGACGAGUCGUCUGGUUUCUGUUGCCAUACCGCAUGGAAGGCUUUAUCGUCUGCGCCGUGCGUGCUGGCAGGUGUUAUGCCCUCCUGUCACACGAUUUGUGUGCAAAAUGGUGUGGCAAAUCGAGUGGCAAAUCGAGUGGCAAAUCGUGUGACAGAUCGCAAGGCGGAUGUCAUGACCUUUCGCACGACUUGCACACAAAUCUCCGCCAUCUCUGACACCACGCAGAUCUAUCGACGCAGAAUUCGCAUAUAACCUUAGGAUUCUCGAAGCCGGCGACAUUGUACACUAGAGGUGUUUCCCUAUCCUCACAGCAUCACAGCGAUUCUUGAGUCGACUCAAAAAUGACAUUCGAGUCGACUCAAAAAUGACAUUUGAGUCGACUAAAAAAUGACAUUGAACACUAGAGGUGUUUCCCUAUCCUCACAACAUCACAGCGAUUCUCAGCUCAGCUGCAUCUCUAGUCUUGUCUCUCCUUGGAAAUUUCACCCCAACCUCCCCAUUUCUCAUUCCCCUCCCACCCUCCCCGGCACCCACUUCCUACCAUCACAUCCCCCCAUCAGCACCACAUCCCCCCAUCAGCACCACAUCCCAGCAUCACCCCCCACAUCCCACCAUCACCCCCCACAUCCCAGCAUCAGGUAUUCGCCACAUGUCAGGGCCUGCUCCGCUCCCCACUCUCCUGUGCCUCCUCUCCGUACCCUACUAUCCUCACACCUCACGUCGAGUAAGAAUCCUGCUUCGUUCCUUCUCCUUUUUUUCUUUUAUUUUCUCAACACA